ACGACGUGCGCUCCGCGUCUAUCUGUAAUAAAGCAAAAAUGUAGUUCUAAGAAAAUUCCAAAACAAAUCACAUAGGUCUUCCAGUAUUUAACAUAGGUGAUAUUAAGUCUUCCGUUAGAUUUAAGUCUGUAAUAUUAGUUGUGCGUGUUAAAAAUAAUCCUUUGAUUCCAUUAAAUAUUAAGAAAAUUAUAUCGAGAAAAUGUUUUACCCAAACCAACCAAGCAACCGUUUAGUGUUAGAAGGUAGACUACCAGUUCAGUAUGCAAAUAAAUCUAAUCAACAACAUCGUCCCAGUGUAAAUGAAAGAGUGAUUUUUGAGAGGUUAUGGCGAGGGGCACUGUGUCAAGCCCUAGGGCCUAGAGCAUCAUUGGCAAGGAGAAUGAAACAAUGUUGUUGUCAUUGUGAUUGUGGUUCCCAUGUUAUGGUACCUCAACGCAAUGCACUCCGAUCUGUUGUGAGUGUUACUGAAACGCACCAAGUUGCUGAAGCCCAAAAAGAAAAAAAUGCUCGCCUUCGCGAAGCUUUCGGUAUCUCAGAGUACUUUGUGGAAGGUAGCAGUUUUGAUUCAGACCGACAGAUAAAAGAGCAAUUAGCCGCUCAAGAAGCUCUGGCAGAACUCGAAAAACAACGAGUUCUGGAAAAAGAGAGGGAGAAACAACGCGCUAUUUCUCCUCGCAGGUACCAGCUGGUGAGAACUCCUACUCCAGACCAGAGUGCUGAUGAUGAGAGUGACGAUAAGGAGGAGGAAAAGAUUAAAAAGAAGAAAAAACGCAAAGAGAAACUUAUCAGUCCCUCCAGUGAGGAAUUUAAAAAGAAACAAAAGAAAAAGAGCCGUAAAAAAGUCAAAUCAAAGGAGAAGAAGAAGAAAAAGAAGCGUCGCAAGGAGAUAUCUUCUGAUGACGACGACGACUCAGAUUCCAGUUCAGAUGAAUCCGAAGAUAAUACCAAGAAGAGAAAUAAGAAGAAAGAGAAAAAGAAGUCAUCCAAAAAGAAGAGAAGGGAUGUUUCUCAAAGUUCAGAAAGUUCCCCGGAAGCAAAAAAACCCACCAAAGAUGACAGAAAGGGCCGAGAUAAGAAUUUGAGGGAAGCAAAAUCAAAACAAUCCAAAAAUGGAAAAUAUUCAAAAAAGAAUAAAAGAGAAUCAAGCUCCUCUUCAAGAGAAAGCAGAAGUCGUUACAGGAAUGAGAGAUCUCACAAAACAUCCAACAAAAGCAAAUCACCAGAAAGAAAUCAUUCUAGAGAACGAAAUGGCAAACGAUCUGAUAAUGAAAGGUAUAAACAACGCAAUAAAUACUAUGAAAGCCAUAAGUCAAGACGAUCUACUUCAUUAGAAGAGCGUAAAAAAUCAAUGGAGCGUGAGCGUGGAUCAAGAUCUCGCAAGACGUCAGCUUAUAACAAAAAAGAUACUGAAUCAAGAUAUAGGCCUUCGAAAGCUUCAAGAGAAUCAGAAGACCUAGAAGCUUCCAAGGAAUCAAGGACGAGAAAGUUAGAAGCUUCAAGGCGUCAAAAGUCAGGAGACAGCAAAAACCAUAGAAAUAGUUCAGUUGAUCAAAGAAAAAUGUCACCUGCUGAAAGGAAAAGAUCACCAGAACAAUUUGAGAAAAAACGGAGAUCACCUGCGGAAAAUCGGACAAAAUCAUCAUAUAAAGGAAGGAAAAAUUCAAGGUCAGAAUAUGAACAUCAAAAGAAAAAUACGUGUCCUGUAUCAGCACAGAGACGCAGAGAUGAGGAAAUUUAUGAAGAAAAAAAUUAUAGAAGCACUGAGAAACUCUCUGUUAGAGACAGAAGUAGAUCUAAACGAACUUCUAGGGAAAAAGAACGUGACAAAAAGACACCAUCACCACCAAGAAAAAGAGCGAAAGACCGCACCAGCAUGGACAAAAACAGACGGGAAAGAAGGGACAGUGUUCAAAGAAGAGAUUACAGAAAUAAGAGUAGAAGUGUUGAUAAGACAGAACGGAAAGGAGAACGUACUGAAAGUGACUCACACUCAAGGAGCCACAUAUCAUCAUCUAAAAGAUAUUGGGAUCUGAAUGUAAAAAGAAUGCGAGGUCAUUCACAGGAAAUGUCAAGUGAACCCAUUCACUCCAAAACUUUGUCAUCGCCACCCAUUCAUGUCAGGAAAAGAAAAUCAAGAUCAUUUACUCCUAAAUCUUGCAAUAAGACUAAAUCCCAGAGUCCUGUACCAGCAAAACAAAGGAAACCCUCACUAACUUCCCAAAGACCCUCAAGAAGUCCUCGAAAAAACAGAUCCAAAUCCAGAAGUUCUAUGGAACACGUCAAGUCAAAAACCAAAUCUCCUAGAUCCAAAAAGAUUACGCCUGUAGUGAAAUUGAGGGAGUCUUCUAGUGAACCAGAACAAUCGGACAAGAGUGACAAAGAAGAACCAGUGCAGAUUGAUGAAAAGGAGGUCAAAAUGUUGAAAAUGUUGAAAACUGAGCUGGCAGCAAAGGCCAAGGAGGCCUUGGAGAAGAUGAAGGAGAAAACAGAGCCACCAGCUAUGGCUUCAACUAAUUUACCAUCGAAAACAACUUGUUUGACUGAGAGUAAAGAGCUGCCAUCAAAAAAGACCGAUAUAGAUAAAGACGAUUUCGAUAUAAAACGUAAAAGAAGCCACAGCAACAGUAAAUCCAAAUCAAGAUCCAAAAGUCGGUCUGAAUCCACCAGUUCGAGCUCUUCAGAUUCUAGCACAAGUUCCAACUCGAGCAGGUCUUCUUCAAGAUCCAGUGACUCAGACAGUUCAUCUCGCUCAAGUAGCAGAUCAAGUUCGUCAAGAUCAUCUUAUAGCUCCAGUUGUUCUUCUAGAAGAUCCCGAUCGAUAUCUAUUCCUAGGAGGCAUGGAUCUCCUAGCUUUUUGUCUCGGAGGAGAAUUACCAGACACAAAUAGGAGAUUAGAGCCCAUAUUAUUUACUCCCAGAACAUUAUUUAUAUCUGUUCACGAAUUCAAAUUCGGACACACAUAUUUUGUUUUUACCUAUGUAAUAGUUUAAGUACUUAUGAGUGUUUUUUUUUUUUUUGAUUUUGUGUUUAUUUGAUUAAAAUAUCACCAAUAAAUUUUUUUUUUGUUACCUUUCAUUUUUGUUUCAUUUAUUUAGUUUUGUGCAUUGUUUUAGUAAGCUUUUCGGUAAGUUGCAUGUGUAGGCUAGCAUCGUAACUAACAACUAACUUAUUUUACUAACACAGUGCAAGAAAAAGACCGAUUCCCUAUACCAGAAUUUCGCCAAGUUCAGAAAGCAGCUACAGUAGCAGGAGUCCUUAUUAUUUCAGGCGAUCAGCAACAAGAUCUUUAUCUAAAACAAUGAGUAGAUCCGUUAGUACUUCACCAGUCAGAUCGUCCAAAUCUCCCUGAGGGUUCAGUUGCAUUAGUUUAGCGCCAACCAAAAUAGGUUUUCAUUUGUAGUAAAAUUCAAACAACGAAACUUUCACAAUAAUUUUGGUUGGCAUUAUUCUAUGUCCGAAAGGUUUCUACAAUAAUUAUUGGCAUGAAUAUUUUGCUUUUCGGAUCUUAAGAAAUGCCUAAUUUUUGCAAAUGUUAAGAUAUUUUAUUUGGAAAGUGUAAAUAGAAGGCAGACAUUUAUUUUGAGGAGCAUUAUUUUAUCCUAGGUACCUAUAUUGUAAAUGUGAAUGCUUAAUGGUACCUUAACAGGGUUCAAAUUUUUGUGCAAUAAACAACUAGUUCAACACUAAAUUAACCAAAAAAAAAAAAAUGUGAAUAUUCGAACAUCAGCUUUCAUUAACUUCAUUAUGAUCUCUUUUAACAGUAGGUAUAGACUAAAUAGCAUGCGUGCAAAAUAUAGUCUAGUCAAAACAAUUAGAGAAAUACUAAUACUUAAUUUAAGAAAAACAAAAAUCGUGAACACGAUGUCAAAUGCUUAAUCAAUACUCUAGACAUUAGCUUAAGUUAAAUUUGUCUUUCGCUUAUGAAUUUUGCAAAAUGGUUCCCUUAUCUAUUCUGUUAUGGAUAUUUUACAGAAGUUUUGAAACCACAUACCUAAUUUAUUCCUAACUUAAAUAUUGAUAUUUUUAUGCAUUCCAUAAUAGGUAUGCUAAGUUGCAUUUCUUAUUCCUCGUGAUGAUUUAAGGCAAAUUUAAGAAACAACUGCAAACUAUAUAAUGAAUAAUUUCUAAAAUAUUCGGUACUCUAAUAAAAUAUUUCUACAUAAUGAACUGUAAAUAACAAGUACCUACCUAUAAUUGAUGAUUCUAUGUAAGAUUCUGAAGUUACAUAUGCUUAAUUAAUAAACUAAGAAAGUGUUUUGCUAUUAUGAUAUUGCUGAUAAAAAUACUGAAGUUCUUAGUAACCUAGUCGAAAUUAUACCAAUUUAUUAAUGAUAUUGCAAUUAUUUUUUUGUAGGUGCAAUUUUAUUUUAAGUCUAGUCAGUAAAAUACUCUUUC